UUCCUCUUUCCUCAUGAGGUCAUUGAGUUGUCCCACUUUGAGCCGGAGACAAAUUCAGUCAUUUUCAUGUGCAAAGAUCUGUAUGUAAACUAUUUCAAUCCUUACAUCCUCAUGUUCUGUCGGCACAAUCAUGAUAUUAAGUGUAUUUUAUCAGGUAAAGGCGCAAAGGUGGCAAUGUUCUAUAUCUCCGAUUACAUUACAAAGAUGGAUUCAAAAACCUAUGAGAUGUUGUCCCUGUUG